CUAGUAGUUUGUGGAAAGUGCGGUUGUGGAAAGUUGGUGGUGGAUGUAGGAGACACGGCUUUCAGUGUAAAUGAUUCACAAUGAAUCAGGAAAGUGGGGGAGAUGCACAGAAAACCCCAAACUUCCAAUGGAGAAGCUAUAAGCUGCUUGUGGACCCUGCACUUAGACGGGUCUCUCAGAAAGUUUACAGAUAUGAUGGUGUUCACUUUAGCGUGCCCGUGAGUAUGGCCUGUGAUUCAGGCUACACACCUGUGGGGGAUGUUCGUGAUCCCCGUCCUCGAAGGAUUUGGUCAAAACACAGAGAGCUUAGUUUACCUAUUCCCAAAUUUAAGCUGGAUGAAUUCUACAUUGGUCAGAUACCACUGAAAGAAGUGACUUUUGCCAGACUAAAUGACAACAUCAAGGAACCCUUCCUGGCAGAAAUGUGUCGCAAAUUUGGGGAGGUUGAGGAAAUAGAGAUCUUAUACCAUCCUAAGACUCGCAAGCAUCUUGGUCUAGCAAAAGUGCUCUUUACCACAACACGUGGAGCAAAAGAAACUGUUAAGAAUCUGCACAGCACCUCUGUUAUGGGCAAUAUAGUUCAUGCUCAACUGGAUAUCAAAGGACAACAGAGGAUGAAGUACUAUGAUCUGAUCGUGAAUGGCUCCUACACCCCACAAACAGUGCCCACAGGAGGAAAAGCACUUUCUGAGAAACUCUUCCAAACUCCUACUCACCUGCCAGAUACUUCUGCAGAUUUACGGCACCGACCGUCAAGUGACAUCACCAGCAGCAGUGUCGUUGGAGGAUUUUCUCUGACUAGCAUAGUUCCUGUAGCAACCCCUGGAAACAAUACUCCUUGCUCACUGGACACCCCUAACUCUUCAUCAUUUACUGGUCCUUUUACUCCAGCUUCUGGUACCUCUUCACAGGGAGCUACUCCUUACACUCCACGUGGAGGUACCCCAUUUUCUCAGGAUUCUGCAUAUUCUAGCAGACAAGGGACUCCAGGAUAUUCGGGAAAUACCAGUGGAUAUCACCAGGAUAAUCUACCCACCAUCUCUUCCUCUUCAACUCCCUUAUCUUCUUCUUCAUCAUUGACAGCAGGAUAUAAAUCAAGGCGACAUGAAAAUAGCUCCUACCACCAGGACUCAUCUUAUUCCAGGCGACAGGGUCAUCACCACUAUUCUUCUAGCUCUUCUCAGUCACACUAUCGAAGUAAUGACCACCAAUAUCCCCCAUAUAGUAGUAGUACUGGACUUGGAGGUGGAGCUGGCUCUACUGGUAGUGGCUCUGGACAGCAGUAUGAGACUGGUGGCACCUCAUCUUUAUACUCCCACCAUCAUUCCUCAUCUGAAAGUAACAGAGAGAGCACUGGAAGCCGAUAUAGUAGCAGCAGUAGUCGUCGCUCUUCAGAAGGACGCUCUUACCAUCAUCAUGAAGGUGGCUCGUCAUCUUAUCACCAUCACCAUCAUUCUGAUAGAAGAGAGGACAGAGGGUAUCGUAGCAGCAGUCAUCACCGUUCUAGCCUUGAUUCGUCAUCAUCUAGUUAUCAUCACCGCCACAGGAACCAUCAUCAUAACCACCACAGAGACUCGGACUUUGUAAACAGUCAACAACCGUCACAAAACUACUCAUCAGCUGAUCGUUAUCACCAGAAUUCCUCCUCCUCCACCUCCUCCAGUUCAUCCUAUAUUUAUGGAAAAGAUUCCACUCAGUCAACAUGUGCAAUAGGUAAUGCCCUUCCCCUUUCUUCAAGUCAUGAGCAGGCAUUUGAACAGCCUUCUGGAGAUAAAGACUAUAGAGUCCUUCCACCCCCACCAGUUCCAUCUGCUUCCUCUGUAGUGACAGCAGUGGCUGAUACUACAAGUUAUACUCAAGGGAAUUCUCUGAAUGACUAUUACCCACCUCAUCUUCAGAACAUAGCGGACACUUCUCUUGCAAACUUGCAUCAGGAUGGCCCAGUGGAGUCCAUUGUGUCAGGGGGCAUGCAUUCAGCUGAAGAGAGGCUGAUUUUGUUACAGCUUCAACAGCAGCAGCUCCCUCAGUCUCCAGUGGUAACAGAAUUGGCAGCCUCAGUUGUUGUUGGUGGUAAUUUAUCACCAGCACAUUGUCCCUCUGUUUCCUCAACACGGUCAGUAUCACCAGAACUGGACUCAACUAAUGAAAGCGUCCCGUUUGCACACCACAGCAGUUUGGACUCUCGUAUAGAGAUGCUGCUAAAGGAGCAAAGGGCCAAAUUUUCUUUUCUUAGUUCAGAUGAUGAAGAUGACAAAGAAAAGGACAGAUCUAUAAAGAAAGAUGAAGAAUCAGAGAAGCAGAGUACAGAAGGGAACUCUUUGUUGAAAUCAAGGAGGCAAAAAUUAGACAAAGAUGAAAGAGCAGAAAUAAGGGGGUACAAAAAUGAAGUGCAUAAAAAGCCCUCAACUCCCCCUCCACCUGCGCCUGCCAGUUUUGAGGAUGUCGUGCCUGCUCAGGAAGACCAAACGAUAAAUCUGCAGAAGACACCAACUCAGAAUGGGCAGGAUCAGCCUUCACCUCAUUCAUCAGGAGAAGACAUGGAAAUUUCUGAUGAUGAGCUAACAGAGCAGUCUCCUGAAAUAGCUUCAGAACACCUACAACAGCCACAUCAACAACAGCACUUUCCUGGUGUUCCUCCUCCACCCUCGCUGGCUGCUAUGCCUAUGAGUGUAUCAUCAUAUCCACACAUUCCCCACCCACCUCCUGGCUUUCCUCUUCAGCCACCUCCAGGCCUUGCUCCUCCCAUGUCUCAUAUCCCUGGUGUAUCUGAUGUAUCACCCCACACUCAACACCAUCAUGCUGCUCUUCCUGAUUUUCAUGCUCUUCCUCUUCAUGGCCUUCCUCCAUCAAACAUAUACGAUUAUGUAAAUUCCAUGGAGUUAAUGAACCACCUAGGUAACCAGUAUGGUGGCAUAUCCAUGUCAUUCCAGAUGCAAACCCAAAUGUUAAGCAGAUUGCAUCAGAUGAGAUUAAUUAACAGCAACACUGGGGCUCAGCCUAGCAGUUUACUUUCUUCUUCAGCUGCUGCAAAAGGCUCUGGAUUCUCCCCUUUUGAGGCCCCAUAUGGAACCUAUCCAGCUCCUCAUCCGUAUUUAGACCAAGAAGCAUGCACUGCUCCCUUUGACCAGGACCACCGUUUUCCCCCUCACUUGCAACAUUUACCAUUUGGCUUCCCAGAGCCACAACCAUCUUGGGGACAUUGCCUUCCUGCCCAACAUCCCCAGACAGGUUUUUCUCAUGAUGUCUCCUCUCAUGGUCUAGCCCCAAACUACCUUCCCACCUAUACACAACCACCUACCCAAAGGGAUCCUCAUGAAGCAACUGUGGCUGCUGUACUGUCUUCUCUUAUCCAAGAGAUGAAAAGUAUAAUGCAGAGAGAUCUCAAUCGCAAAAUGAUAGAGAAUAUUGCUUUUGGGACUUUUGAUGAAUGGUGGGAACGCAAAGAACGAAAAGCAAAGCCAUUCCAAAGCACAACAAAAGUUCCAGUGAAGGAAGAGGAAAAGAAAGAAGAAAAGCUGAAACCACGAGAACCAGGUCUUCUUUCUCUGGUAGACUGGGCCAAGAGUGGAGGCAUGUCUGGACUGGAGAGCUUUGGGCUUGGUGCUGGCGGCCUUAGAGGAGCACUUAGACUUCCUUCCUUCAAGGUAAAGAGGAAAGAACCAUUGGAGUUGUCAGAAGGAGGAGAUCUAAAGAGAGUAAGACUGUCUACCCCUGUAGAUGAGGAUGAUGAUGACUCGUAUCGUGCUAGAGAAAUGCAAGAUGGUAUGAGCUUAGAAUCAAAGAAUGGCCUUCAGCAUGAGGAAGAGGAGCGGAGAAGAAAGGCUCAUCAGAAAUCUUCUAAAUCUUUAGAUCUGGAUAGUGAAGGAGAGGAGACCUCUGAUGGUUCAUCUUCUGAAAAAGAGGAAGAUGACGAUGAUGAAGAUAUUGGGACCAGUGACAAGGAGGAUGAAUCAGAAGAUGAAGCAGUUAGUGAUGCAUCCUCUAAAGCUGAUUCUGAUGAAGAAGAGAGUGAAUCUUCAUCUGAUUCUGAAAGCAGCUCAUCCUCUUCUACUUCUUCUGAUGAAGAAGAUGAUGAAGAGGUUUCAAAAGAGGCAAGAAUACAAGGUGAUACUGAUGAGGAGGAGGACGAUGAUGACAGUGAUGAAGAUGAGGCAGAAUAUACUAUGGAUGAGUCUACUAUGGAUGGUUCAGCUAUGGAUACUAAAGACAAAUCUAUGCUAGUCAGUACACCUCAAGAGGAACCAGUAAAAGUAAACGAAGAUGCAAAACUAAAUGAGGUACUCCAUCAGAAAUGUAAACCAGGAGAUAAUGAAGAGGAGAAAGAUUUGAAGACGUCUGUGGAUGAAAAUUCAACUAUAGCUAGCGCUCAGGUUCUCCCUGCCCAACCACUGACAACAUCUGAAAUACAUCCAUUGCCACCAUUACAAAAGGACGAAUCACCUAUUCUUCUCUUACCACCCCUGAAGAAAAGACGAAAAACUGUUUCAUUUUCUGUUGAAGACGAUGCUAAACAGAUUGAACCUGUUCAGUCAGAGACAUCUGUAGAAAAACAGGAGCAAAUAUCAAUUACAAGCUGUAGCAGCAUAUUAUCACCUGUGAAAUCUGAACCCCCUGAAUCUAUUCUGACAACCCCCAAAUCUGAACAGCCAUCACCUAUACUGUUACCAUAUUCCACAUCUCCACUUGCUUCACCUAAAACUCAUGAAACUAGUCAUUUUGCAAUGGCCAGCAUCACCAGUCCAAGCAAGUAUUCUGAGAAACAGGAUAGCAUUGUCCUCUCUGUAACACCUCCAGUACGUUCCCCUGCAACGCCCACCACUCCCCCAAGCCCUCAGAUUAAAUCCCCAUCCCGUAAGAAGGAGAGCCCAAAGAUGGUUUGCCGCACAGUCCUUAACCUUCCUUUAGAUCAUGCAUCUUUGGUCAAAGCUCCUGUUGAAGAGCCUGCUCCAUUACGGGGUCGUCCAAGGGGAAGACAACGUACAUUAAGUCAGCAAAGUGAUUCUGUAGACUCUGCUGUUCCAAUAGGCAACACUGAUGAAGAUCAAAAGCUUCGACUAAAAGAGCAAUUGGGUGUUUCAACUUUGCUUGAGCUGGCAAAUACAGCAUUUUCCCCAUCAAGAGCAAGGCCAAGUUCACCUGUUGAUCUCUCUGUACUUGCUGAUAUUGCACUCAAAAUGCCACUGUCUGGUGAGGAGAAGAAAUGUCAGUCUUCUGAAGAUACAAUAAUUGCUCCUUGUGACUCAGAAGAAACAGAAACUUCAGAUGAAGCAGAGGAGCAAGGAAUAAACUCUUCAAUUACUUUAGAGGGUCACUAUGUACUUCUGGAACAUAAUUAUGCGAAACCAUUAAUGCCCAUUCCAAGUACGCCCAAAAAAACCAGUAAAAAUGCAGAAACAGUGGCUUCUGUUGAAACCACACUAAGUAAUUCAAUAGCAACAGUUUUAGAAGCUCCAGAGGAAAUUAUUGAAGAAUCUCUGACAUCUCCUAAUACUCCUGUAUGCAAAGUGGAGAAUACAUGUUUGAUUACUUCAUCCACAGCAAACGUUGUUCAGGAAUCCCAGCAGCUAAUCAAGACCAAAGUACACCAGAAAGAAAAUGUAACAGAAAUAAGUGCAGAAGUAGAAAAAAGGAAGGGUCGAAAGAAGAAAAGAAAAGAGAAAGACAAGCAACAAAAAACAAAGAAAUCUCAGACAAAGGUCCAUGAGGAGCAACAUCAGGAAGAUGAUAUGGAUAUAGAGAUUUUAGAGCCUGGAGAAGUCAUGAAUUCAGAUGAGGAGAAUGAAACAAACAGAAGAAAGAGUAAGCGUCUCAUUCAACAGCACAAAGGAGAGAAAGGCUUCACACCACAAGAGAAGCAACAGAAAUAUGAGGAAAACCUCAAGUCCCGUUUUGAGCAGCGCAGUGAAUUUGAGCAGAUGACAAUCCUUUAUGAUAUCUGGAACACAGGCUUAGAUGUGGAGGACAUGAGAUUUCUUAAACUCACUUAUGAGCAGCUCUUGCAAGAAGACCACAAUACAGACUGGCUCAACGACACUCACUGGGUCCACCAUACCAUCACCAAUAUCCCAAAUCCAAGGCGAAAGAAGAAAUCUCAAGAUGGACAACUUAGAGAGCACAAAACAGGCUGUGCAAGAAGUGAAGGUUACUAUUCUAUUAGCAAGAAGGAAAAGGAUGUCUACUUGCAUGUAUAUCCUGUCAGUGCACGAGAACUGGACAUUGACUCUCAGGGUACAAAUCGUGUUUUGUCUGAAAGAAGAUCGGAACAGAGGAGAUUGCUAAGUGCCAUUGGUACUCAAGCAGUUAUGGACAGUGACUUGCUUAAACUCAACCAGCUAAAGUUCCGUAAAAAGAAGUUACGCUUUGGUCGAAGCCGAAUUCAUGAGUGGGGUUUGUUUGCUAUGGAACCAAUUGCUGCAGAUGAGAUGGUCAUUGAAUAUGUUGGGCAGAAUAUACGACAGAUGGUGGCUGAUAUGAGGGAGAAACGUUAUGCUCAGGAGGGCAUAGGGAGCAGUUACUUGUUUAGAGUGGACCAUGACACAAUCAUUGAUGCUACAAAGUGUGGAAAUCUUGCUCGUUUUAUAAAUCAUUGUUGCACGCCAAACUGCUAUGCCAAAGUAAUCACACUGGAAUCUCAGAAGAAGAUUGUGAUCUACUCUAAGCAGCCUAUUGGUGUGAAUGAGGAAAUUACAUAUGACUACAAAUUUCCCAUUGAAGAAAAUAAAAUCCCUUGCCUUUGUGGCACUGAAAACUGCCGUGGAACUCUAAACUAAAGUAAAACUAAGCUGCUUUCUCAUGCCAACAGUACUAAACUGGAUUUUCUCUUCCUACCAGGCACUGCCCCAAGGGGAAACAAAUUGCACUAAAUUUUUAUGCUCUUUUGUCCCAAAUUAAAAGAUUUAUUUAGCCUUAAAAUAAUCAACUCCUUCUUGUAAUUUUCAGUUUGAUUUUCCAGUCUGCAGGUUUUUAAACAAAUAUGAUAUACCCUAUUAUUUAAGACAAUAUUUUCUAAUUAUGCUGUAAUCAGUAAUGUAUGUUUUCCAUAUAGCAGUGGUUUUAGUUCAAUAUUCCAUUUUCAUAAAGUAUCUCUCACAUUUUGAAGCUUUUCAAGUUUGUAUUCCGCAGGUAGAAUUGGUCCUGAGGAACACUAAUGAAAAGGUUAAGAACGUGUUACUAUUAUGGUAUGCAGGGUUUUCAACAUUGUACUUCUUGAUGUCUUUUUUUUCCCCUGAGUUGAAUACAUGUAGUUGAAUGUGCAUUGUUGCUGUAGGUCAGUCCUUUCAAGUUCAGUUGUUUCUUGAAAUGGUAAGCUACUUGCAAUGCACUACCAAUUUUAUGGUGAAGAUGGCUUGUUAGGGAUUCACCACAUCAUCAUGGUAAAAAUGACAAUAUAUUUUAUUUUUCAUUAAGAAUAUAUUUAAAGUAUUAAAUAGUAAUACCCAUUCAAAGGUUAAUUAUAAAUGCAGAUAUGAACAAAACUAUUUUCAAAUACGAUUGGAGUUUUUUUUUUUUUAAUUUAAUUAACAAUUUCCUUUUCAGUAAUUUGUUUGUUUGUUAUAAGCUACUUUUCAUUUAUUGCCUGGUGCUGUAAACUUUCUGCUGGAGGCAAAUAUGUUUAUGUUGUUUUAAUAGUUAAAAAAAAAAAAAGGCCAUUUGAUUAAAUAUUUCAACAGUCAAGUAGUGCAGUGCAAAUCUAAAAGGAGUGCAAGCAAACCUUACGUUGUUUUUUUAUUCUAAAUUACUUUCACCGAACAAAAUAAAAAAUAAUUGUAUUUUUUGGUAAAUUUAAAUUCUAUUGCUUGGUCUCUACUCGUAAGACAAAUUAUUUAUUGCCAUAACCAUUUAACAGUCUCAUUGGAUGAGAAAUGUUUCUUUUAUUCAUAAUAACAUAACUGUAAAAUAUUUAAGGAUGGGGGUUUAUUCAGUAAUAUGGCAGUCUGAUUACAGGAACAAAAUCCGUAUCAAAAUUUGUAACCUUAAGUUCAUCCCUUCUUUCAUAUUUUAUUGUUAAUUACUAUAGUUUGUGUUUAAUCCCUUUUAGGUAAAAUAAUACAUACAAGUAUGUCUAAUAAUAAACCUCAUUAAAAUCACAGUCAUUUUCUCUUUAGUAGAUACCCAAUCAAACCCGCAAUUACUUUUGAUUAACCAUUUAUUUUUUAAUUUUUCUAUUUUAGUCCCUUUUCUAAAUCUAUCUAUAUUACAAAAGCUACUAUAAGCCUGACAUUAAUAUUUGAGCUUUUAAGAUAUAGUCUCUGACCGUUCAGUUUUAUGUAAAAAUCUUUGGUAAUGAUGAUGUAUAAUAGUAUCUUUAGAAGUGACCUCAUUGUGAACUUCAUAACUUAGUAACUUGUUAUGUUUGAGCAUGGCAAAAUUAUGUCUUCUAAAUGUUUCCAGAUAUAUAAGGCACACAUCUAUGUCUUGACUAUACUGCUUUUAAGAUACAUGGUGUGUAUACCUUGAAGCUCAUAGCCAGUUUUUUGUUAGGUUCUAGUAGUGGCAGUAAAACUAAAUAUGAAGGUCUGUUUACCUGGAUUAUUAUAGCAGACCUGCACAACUUGUUGCAGAUGCUCCACUUAUAAAUCAUUAGUUUCUUGCAGUGUAUGGUUGGAAGAGAUGUCUGAAUUUAUUACAAUUUUGAUUCUUUUUGGACAUUCCUUGUCUACAGAAUAUAUUUCAGAAUAUGAUGGGGAUGUACUUAUCUUUAUAUUGAAAAAGCAUUAGCAUUUAUAUAUAUUUUUUAAUCAAGACCUUUAAGAACUUAAUUGUAUAAUUUUCUUAUCAAACAAUGUUGUUAAAAAAGGUGCCAAUAAUGCUUUGGGUGGCCAAUGUUGUCUAUUUUUGUCAGAAUAAGAAAACAUUCAUUAUUAAGCUUCCACUGUUUGCCUUCAGCUUUUCUCAUGAAUAGAAAAGAGUUAUUCAGAAAGAUUAUUUCACUUUUUGGUUCAUGCUAAUAAUUUAUUAAGAAUUGUGAUUUUUAUUUCUUUUGUCAUUUUAAACCGUGUUGCUUUCAUUAAUGUAAUUAACACUGAAUAUAUUAAAACAUUGGUUUAAACAGCUGUACCCACACAUUUAUGUCCCAUUUAGGUUGUGCAGUUCUUAUAAACAACUUGUCCCACUUCCAGUCAGCUCUUUUGACUACAUUUGUAGACAAAAUAUAAAACUUUGCCAUUUUACAAAUGGGACAGAUCACUGUUUGAAAUAAAAAAAAUCCCCCAAAUUCAAAGUUUAUUAUGAAAAGUGAACUAAUUGAUCUGGCACAUUAAUUUCUAAAUCUCUAGCUUCAACUUUUGCUUUAUUCUGGGAAUGUACUUCCAGAUGCUUUGAGCAUGCAGAAAUUGACUGAUGAGUAACAGAGAGAAAAGUAAAGUUUUAUAUAAAUAGAUAUAUAUUUUAAGCUUUUUAUGGCUGUGUCAGUGGGAUUUUUAAAUGUUGAAGUUUUCCUUAAUAUGUCAUUUUUAAAUUAUUUUUAAAAGUACAUUUUAGUUUUUUCAUUCCUAACUGAUACCUGUAUAUUGUAUCUCUAAAUCACCCGCUAUAACUAGAUCAUAUGUGGGAGCUAUUACUUAAUUACAUUUCAGAAUGAGGCUUCAUUACAAAAAGUUGACAGCAAUUUCUUUCAAUCAACUGAUACAUAUGCACUAUGUGGCUGACUAAAUUGUUUUUUCCUACUUCACUUCUUGCCCACUAUGACCCAGAAGGCAGUUAAAAAAAAUCAUAAUUUCUGUUUUGUUGAUGUUUGCCACCAUCCAUCUACCAUUUAACUAUACUUGGGAGGUCAGUCUUGUAUAUUUGUUUGUAGGGUAUAAUUACUGAAAUUAUUUCUCACCAACCCAAAUGUAUAUGAAUAAGUAGUAUAUACACAAAACACAAUUUUGUAAGUAUUCAACCCCAUGUAGAAUAGCGAAUGGUUAAAAAGUUCUAUUUUUAACCGGCUUGUAUAAAUUGUUGGAUUGUACAUUUUUGCCUUUAGUGUUGCUGUCAGUCAGUGUGACAGAACUUUUUUUUUUUUAAUCAUAUUCUGUUUUGGGUCUGUGGUUAAUAAAAUGUAAAAUACUAAAGAAAGCCAGGCAAAAAAAGCAACUUUUCAGUACAAGUGUACAUAUUGUAGAUUUUGAUGUUUCUUGUAGAAACAUGUUACCUGUAUGUAAAUAUGUUCUGUUAUUUCCUACAUAAGAAAAAUGUAAAUAUGUUUCAUUUUGUUUCUCUUGUAUUAAAUAAGUUGAAACCUUUAUUAAUGUUACAUUAAAAUAUUUUUUAAAAAACACUACAA